UCGCUACAUGUUAAGCUUUGUGGGACUCAAUUUCAUGAAAAACUAGCCACAUUUAGGUUUAAUUCCUCAAUUUUCACCUCCUGAAAGAUUUCUCUAGUUGGUUCUCAGCGCACAAGAGUAGAAGACUGAAGUAAUGGCGUUGGGAGUGUGUUUUAUUCCAGUGGUGUGGUUUUCCAUUUUAUUGACUUGUGUUCAGUCUUCACUCAAGUCCAAAGGAGAUUGGCAGCCCAUUAUAGGUGUUCUUUACCAUCCCCACGACGAGCCUUUGUAUGAAUCGCUCAGGCAAACCAUCAAUCGUAUAAACAAACAAAAUACAUUACCUGUAGCAAGGCUAACCACGAUAAGCUUUAAGACCCACAGUGACAAGAUCCUUGGUUAUGAUGCAGCCAAGAAGCUCAAGAAAAGCACGUUUAUUUUCGACCUGUCGUUCAACAACCAGUACUCGUAUGCACUGGCAGAAUUGCUACAAACACCUAUGAUAACACUGGAAACCAUGCAUGAUAACAUAAGGAAUUACUUUAUCUUUUCUUUGCGACCAUCAGAGGAAACGGUGGCCAGAGCAACUGUAGAUCUAGUACAGUACUACAUGAAGUUCAAUGCUCAAGUCGCAAUUUUGGUGGACGCCAAGAUGUCUCACCUUGGAGCACGUAUCUUCUCUAUUGCUCGUUAUCGUAAUCGCAUUAGACCAAUCAUGAUGCCAGAAGCCAACACAAAGAAUGAAAUAGAAACACAACGAGCUUUGUCAGUUUUACUUCGAACCAACAGCAGGAAUGUUAUACUGGUAUGCAAGGCAGAAGACACUCGGCAAUUCAUUGAAAGGGCUAUGAGAAAUGGUUGCGUGUUUUCGGACUCAAAGUGGUUUGUCGUUGAUUUGGAAUUAACGGGCAAUAUCUCCGCGUUAGCUUAUCGCGGUCUGUUAGGACUUCGUCUUUACUAUAACAACCAACACAAACUCAAACGUGAUGCAGAGAAAAGUAGAAAUGGACGCGCAAAGAAGAUAUCAAUGGCGUCCUAUGCAGUACUAAACGACUCUCUGUAUGCAGUCAGUGAAGCUAUAAGACAAACAAAACAAAUCACUUUCGAUAACAGAGGGAAAGACGACUGUCCCAUCAAAGGUGCCAUGGACGAUAGAGGGCAAAGUAACUUCAUUAACAGUCUUAUGGGGGUUCGAUUUGAGGGUCUCACUGGACCAGUUGAAUUCGACCAAAAGACGCGAACUCGUAACGUUAAAAUCAUCGAUGCUGUUAACGUACAAAUCAAAGCUGGUUUUCCGCCUUCGUUCAUGUAUCCGAUUGGUUAUUGGAAGCCGAACGUUGACUCACCGAUUGGAUCUGUCGUACUGAAGACUAACGAUGCUGUGUUCUGGAAUGGUGAUUACUGGGAGGAAAUCAAGUGCAGUUUUACGUCCAAUUCUCCGUCAUUUAUGACCAAUGACUUUGUACGGCACCACAAACCUCUAAUUGUUACAUCCAUUGUGGAUUCUCCAUACAUGAUGCUGAAGAAAAACCAUUCAGGUCUCACAGGAAACGACAGAUAUGAGGGUUUUGGUGUUGACAUGAUUUCAAAGCUGGCUGAAAAACUAAAAUUUAAGUAUGAAAUCAAAAUCAGCACUGAAACUUCUUACGGCGCUCCGAUUGGUGGAGAAUGGAAGGGUUUGGUUGGAGAACUUGUAGAUCAGAAAGCUGAUAUAGCACUGGGACCUAUUACCAUCACAGCAGAGAGAGAAGAAGUUAUUGACUUUAGUAAACCUUUUCUUGAUUUCCGCAUUGCGAUGAUUCUAACCAAACCUGAAGGAGAAAACGUCAACUUGUUUGCUUUCUUGUUGCCAUUCGAGGAACAGCUCUGGUUAUGUGUAUGCGCUGUGGUUGGUACGGUGACCAUUAUAAUGUACGUUCUGGAUCGUUUUAGUCCGUAUGGAUAUAGAGCCGAGGCUAAAGAUACCGGAGAAGGAGAUGGAAAUGAGUUCAGCAUGUCAAAUAGUCUUUGGUUCGCGACAGGAUCUAUUUUACAACAAGGUGCUGAUACUACUCCUAAGGCUGGCUCAGGACGUGUCCUGGCUGCAGCGUUCUGGCUAUUUACAUUGAUAUUGAUUUCAACUUAUACAGCAAACCUGGCUGCAUAUUUUACAGCUAAAAACGCGAAAUCUACGAUUAACUCACUCGAGGAUCUGGUUAGCCAAGACAAAGUGAAAUAUGGCGUUCUUAACGGAGGAUCUUUGUACACAUUCUUUGAGAACUCAAAAGUCAGAACCUACAAAAAGAUGUUUGCCAGGAUGAAAACUUUGAAUACAUUCGUACCCAGUACAAAAGUCGGUGUGAACAUUUCCAGACAGGGUAACUUUGCUUACCUCACAGAUCAGCCAUCAUUGGAUUAUUAUAAUCAAAGAAAACCUUGUAAUACAAUGCUGGUCAAGAAUCUACUGGACGCCAAGAGUUAUGCUAUAGGCCUGCAGAGGAACUCUGAAUGGACAAACAAAAUAUCAGUCACUAUUCUUGAGUUACGUGAGGAAGGAGAGAUUGAAAAGAUACGAUUGCGAUGGUGGGACGAUCGAAGUGAAUGUCCUGCAUCUGAUGCACCAAACACUGCACCAUCACGAUUGGCUCUUCACCAUCUUGCCGGCGUGUUUAUCAUCCUUGGUGGUGGUGCAGCGAUUUCGUUAGCUUUACUUCUUGUGGAAAAUAGAUGUCGAGAUGUAUUGAGUGGCAGAAGACAAACACAGACUCCAGAAACUCCUCGGGAUGACCCUGAUGGCAGAACCCGUAACCCGCCAACAAUCACACUUAAUGGCGGGCCGACCCUCAAACCUCUAAACAACACCGAGCGAAGAUCCAGGCAGGAUAGUCCAUCCAAUAGACGAACGAGCUAUGAUGUCCGUAUCCCGGAUGUGUAUGCAGCCGCGCCCGAAAGCAACCUCUGAACGAGGAAAACUGGGGAUAACUUAGCCGUAGCUAGCCGUCAGAAUUGCUUUAUUGGUCGUGUUUCGACUUGACCCUACAUGGGAUUCAUGGAUCGAUUAUCGAUUGGCCGAUUGCCUGUCGAUUAGCUGUACAUACAGGUUUUCAAACAUGACUUUCAGUUCGUUUAGCUGUCGGUAUUGCUGCAAUUUUUGUAUGAUUUAUCGAUUCAUGAUUGCCUGAGUCCACUAUGUUGAUCCGUGGACGAAACGUUUUGAUAAACCGAUUAAUUACCAAUCGAAUGAAAGUUAUGGCUGCUGUGUCUGCUGUCGCUUGACAUUUGACGAGUGACUAUCAAUUGGAGGUCAACCAAAAGUUAGUUGAAUAACUUGAAUAUAGACGGCCUCUUUGUGAAUAUUAGUUGUGCUUUUAAAUGAAAAUAAUCCUUAUGUUGCAUGCAUCAAAUAAUCAAUAAAAUAUUUAAAUAAAUACAACAAUAUUAAACAAUAAAACAAUAAAAAUGCAUAGUGUCCACUUUGGCAUAGAAAGCAUUGCAAUCAGGCAAGAGUAAUAAAUGAAGACAUGAAAUAAGUGAAGAGGGAACUCAAAUGAACAUAAAUGAAGAGGGAACUCAACUGAUUAAUCGAACCCCCCUCCCCUCCCCCCCUCCAAAAAAAAUUACUCCUGCUUGAUAUAUCAUGAGAUGCCGUAUAAAAAGCCAUAAGCGCGCUUGAAUAUAACAAAAAUAACUAUCAUAAAUAACUAUCAUAAAGUCUGAUGAGGUGAACAUCAAUGAAUCUAAACGUGAAGCAUUGUCCACAUCGAUCGUGUAGGCAAUCGCUAAAAAGUCUCAAAGUAUUUGUUAAUAUAUUUUAUAAGUGUAAGUCCAAAACAAAUAAAUUAUCUGGCGUAAUAACUAUACUCAAUGGAGAAAAAGCAACAGCAAGCUAAGCAAGAAAACGCAUAAACGUAGAAACGCUUCUUGUGAAACUGCGAAACACUGAGACAUCAUGGAUGAUUUCUAAAAUGUCAAUUAAUUGUCAAAUCUCAUCCACAAGGACAAUAAUCAUCGGUGUUUGGCAAUUCUUAUUUGCCACACACAACCAAUAGGUUGGUUUUCCAGCAAAUAGAGCAGUUGUCACAUAGAACUUGGGAGAUUUAACCGCUGUGAUACUGUGUAUAAGGUGCGCACACCCUUAAUUUAGACCAACGUAAUUUUUUUUAUCUCAUCGUACUGUAAACAAAUCUAUGUAGAUGCUGCAUGUAAGUUCUUUAAAGAUCAAUAAAAAAUGGUUGCGAUGGUAC